CCCUGUCUGGACACACAGUCACUGUGGAUUUUUAAGAGACUCAGUUAAAGAAUUUAGGAAUAUCUGAUUCACUUUACAGGAUUUGCAAAUUCAUCAACCCCUGAAAACUAAAGCAAACUCAACAGGACCAAAAAAAAAAAAAAAAAGAACAUGGGCUUUUUAAGUCCAGCAUGUGUCCUUUUCUUCUUUCUUGGAGUCAAAGUAUACGGCCAAUAUGAAAAUUAUCAAUGGGAUGAAGAUUAUGAUCAAGAGCCAGAUGAUGUCUACCAACCAGAAUUUCAAUUUCAUCAGAAUGAGGACUAUCAAGUUCCUUUUCAUCAGUACAUGUUAGGCUGUGCCACUGAAUGCUUCUGCCCACCCAACUUUCCAUCAUCAAUGUACUGUGACCAUCGCAAACUCAAGACUAUCCCACGGGUCCCUGCUCACAUACAGCAAGUCUAUCUUCAGUUCAAUGAAAUUGAGGCUGUGACUGCAGAUUCAUUCAUCAAUGCAACUCAUCUUAAGGAAAUCAACCUCAGCCACAACAAAAUUACAUCUCAAAAGAUUGAUUAUGGUGUGUUUGCUAAGUUGUCAAAUCUAUUACAACUUUACCUACAGCAUAACAACUUAGAAGAAUUUCCAUCUCCUCUCCCCAAGUCUUUGGAAAGACUUCUUCUUGGCUACAAUGAGAUCUCCAGAUUGCAGAAAAAUGCCAUGGAUGGGCUUGUAAACUUGACAAUGCUUGAUCUCUGUUAUAAUCAACUUGAGGAUUCCAUGUUACAAGAAAACAUACUGGCUAAAAUGGAAAAAUUAAUGCAGCUCAACUUAUGUAAUAACAGAUUAGAAUCCAUGCCUCCUGGUCUGCCUUCUUCACUUAUGUACCUGUCUUUAGAGAAUAAUUCAAUUUCUUCUAUACCAGAAAAUUACUUCCGUGAGCUUCCAAAACUCCAUGCUCUACGAAUGUCACACAACAGACUACAAGACAUCCCAUAUAAUAUUUUUAAUCUUUCCAACCUUAUAGAGCUCAAUGUUGGACACAACAAAUUGAAACAAGCAUUCUACAUUCCAAGAAAUUUAGAACACCUAUAUCUAGAAAAUAAUGUAAUUGAAAGUAUCAAUGUUACAGUGAUGUGUCCAUCUGUGGACCCACUACAUUACCACCAUUUAACAUACAUUCGUAUGGACCAAAAUAAGCUAAAAGAGCCAAUAAGCUCAUAUAUUUCCCUCUGCUUCCCUCUUCUACACACUAUUUAUUAUGGUGAGCAAAGCAGCACUGACGGUCAAACAAUACAACUGAAGACCCAAGUUUUCAGGAGAUUUCAAGGCGAUGCUGACAGUGAAGAACAUGAUCACCACGAGGAUCCAGAACAAGAAGAAACAGAAGAAAACAUCGAUCCUCACUAUUACGGAAGUCAAGAAUGACAAGAAACUAUAGGUAUACACUCAUGAUUUUAUACAUUAUUCAAUAUAAAUUUAACUAAACAUGGAUAGCUCAUAAUAAUAUAUCAAGAAACAUGCAUUAGUAUAAGAUCAGACUGAACUUAAGUUCCUGGUAACAUCUGCACCAUUACAUAGGAUUCAAUCCUACUUAAAAUGAUACAAGUCUUCAGAAAUAUAAAUCAGAACGACAAAUGGGAAUAAAAACUAAACUUUAAGGGUGCCGGGUGACUUAGUAGGUUGGAUGUCCAACUCUUGAUUUUGGCUCAGGUCAUGAUCUCACGGUUCC